AUGGCUAUAUUUGUCAACCAAACCCAGCGAGAUGGUCCUGACAGAGGCUACCGAAGCUCUGAUUUGAAAGGAAUGGCUAUUACCAAUGGGCACAACUCCGGGAUUCCCCAACUUGGUUUUAUCGCGAGGGAUAGGGAUACCCGCCUUCUGGAUUGUUUUGUCUCUUUCAUCCAGCGGAAUAUGUUCACGACGAGCUUCGCAUCAAUAGUUCCAGACCUCUUGCCCCUGAUUUCUACGUCCCCAGUACUAUAUCAUGCUGUGAUAGCGAUUGGUGCUUUGGAUGCGCAUCGACAAAGCGCUGGGCGCGCAUUACGGGGAGACACCCCACCCUACGUGGAUGCCAUGACCUCUUACCAUAAAUCAAUGGGUAUUUUGCGGUCAUGUCUGGAAGAAAACAAUGUGUUUCAAAGAGAUGAUAUUCUCUGGGCCACAUUUUUCCUAGGGCUGUUUGAGUUAGUCUCAGAGGAUUCUGGUGAAGGCUGGAUCAAGCAUAUGCUCUACGGAACAUCAAGAAUGCUUCAGCUCUCAGGACCAAGCGGCUGCAUGCCUUCGCUCCGAAGGAAAUUCUACAACCUGUUCCGUGUCCUUGAGGCCAGCCGCGCCCUACUCUAUAAUGAAGAAACAAUCCUUUCUCAAGAUAUCUGGAUCCGAUUCCAAAAAUGUCUGUCAAGAAAUGCCACUCAAUGGAAGCCCAUGGAAGAGAUUAUAUCCCUCAUGAUUCAGACCUCCGCCUUCAGCGUACGAGCCGGUACUAUUAUUCAGAAGAUCCCCGAAGCAGACCGGUCCACAGAUCCAUCAGUUGCUCUGCUUGCCGCCGAAGGACUAAAUGUCCAAGAGGCUAUAUAUAAUUGGCACAAGAAGACGUUGCUGCAGCUGCUCCAGGGCGAUCCUAAUGAAUAUUCAAAAUUAGCUUUGCUGUAUUAUCACGCUCUGCUAAUCUUCCUCUCAGGCCAUUAUGAUUAUUUUCCCUAUUGGGACAAGACGCCAGCCCCGGUUUUAUCCUGUGCUGAAAUUUCUGAACACUUGAUUAUGAUCCUAAACCUCUCGGCCGAGAUUUUGCUCCGCACGAAGAUUCCUGGAGUGAUGCUGUUUUUCCCAGUAACCGUCGCAGGAUCUCGAGCCCGGAACGUCGAUCAACAAUCCGAAGUACUGAAUCUGCUCGAACGGGUCUUCUCUCAAGGGUUUGUGGUCGCAAACAGGGUACGUGAUGGUUUGUUGGGACGGUGGGCCGAGAGGGAUCGGAGAGAGACUAUACAUCCGGCCCCGUGA